UGUCUCUGCUGUUUUCACCCAGCUGCUGUGAUUCGGAGCUGCUCAGUCAUUCUCUGACUGAAAACAUUAAAGCUGCUGCCUUCGUUUUCUACACGUUAUCCUCCGAGCGGCGACGAGGACACAGCGGAAGUAACCGAGGUAGAGACGUCCACACGUGUGUUGUGUGUCCGUAAAGAUCCCUGGUGUGCACCGGGCUGUAUGAGAGUCAGGCAUCAUGGAUUUGCAAGGAUAAAGGUCGAGCACUGAGUGGCUCCACCAUCACACUGGUGAUAAUUGAGAAACAUCAGCUGCUCCUGAAAGUUGUGGAUCUAAAGUGGCUGGACAAAAAAUAUUCCAUCUGCACACGAGGGAUCAUUCGUCCCUUCACUCAGACGUUCUGAUCCACUUCACUUCCCCUUGGAUUCAGACAGUUGAAAACUGAUCUUCAGGUUUUAGUGAGGCUUCACACGCCGAGCCGCAGCCCAUCAAGUCAUGGCGAUCAACGCUGACAUGGAGGACUGGGGUGGCAUUGGGAGCAGCGACUCUGGAGAACGGGCGUGGCUCCUGCAGAGCCCCAGCGUGGACUCCGUGCAGCACCUUGAGACGGACAGGAGGGGGAGUAGUGGGGUGUCGUCUCUGGCAGCAGUCUUCAUUGUGGUGAAUGCGGCGCUGGGGGCGGGUCUGCUCAACUUCCCCGCAGCUUUCAAUAUGGCUGGAGGAGUAACUGCAGGAGUGAUGCUUCAAAUGUUUAUGCUGAUCUUCAUUAUCACUGGACUGGUGAUUCUCGGCUACUGUUCCAAGGUCAGUAAUGAAGGCACCUAUCAGGAGGUUGUUCGAGCCACGUGUGGGAAAGUCACAGGAGUCGUAUGUGAGGUGGCCAUCGCCAUCUACACCUUCGGCACUUGCAUCGCUUUCUUUAUUGUCAUAGGGGACCAGCUGGAUCGCUUGAUAGCAGUUGUGGCUCAUGACGCAGACAACACUGGUGGCUUCUGGUACACUGACCGCAAAUUCACCAUUGUUGUCACUGCAGUCUUGGUUAUUCUUCCUCUCUCCAUUCCCAAAGAGAUUGGAUUUCAGAAAUACGCCAGUGCACUGAGUGUGAUGGGAACAUGGUAUGUUACCAUUGUGGUCAUUAUAAAGUACAUCUGGCCAGAUAAAGAGGUGACUCCGGGAUAUGUUCCCACCAGCGCUGCCUCCUGGACAGCGGUUUUCAAUGCAAUGCCCACCAUAUGCUUUGGUUUCCAGUGCCAUGUCAGCUGUGUGCCGGUGUUCAACAGCAUGAGCAAGAAGGAUCUCAAACCUUGGGGACUUGUGGUCACACUCGGCAUGAUAAUCUGCCUCUUUGUUUACACAGGAACAGGCGUCUGUGGCUUCCUGACGUUUGGCUCCAAUGUCAGUCAGGAUGUGUUGAUGUCGUAUCCUCCUGAUGAUAUUGCUGUGGCCAUUGCAAGAGGUUUUAUUGUUAUCUGUGUGAUCACAUCCUAUCCCAUUCUACACUUCUGUGGCAGGGCCGUUAUCGAAGGGCUUUGGCUGCGUUUCCAAGGCGAGCAGGUGGAAGUGUGCGUGCGACGCGAGCAGAAGAGGAGGAUCCUGCAGACCCUGGUGUGGUUCGUCAUCACCCUCGUCCUCGCCCUCUUCAUCCCAGAUAUUGGUCGGGUGAUCUCUCUGAUUGGAGGACUGGCAGCCUGUUUUAUCUUCGUCUUUCCGGGUUUGUGUUUGAUGCAAGCCAAACUAUCAGAGACAGACCGCCGCACUGCCAGCUGGCAUGGAUUAGUCAUCUUUGGUGUUGUCAUGGUUGUAAUUGGCACCUUCAUCUUUGGCCUCACCACAACCAACUCCAUCUAUCAAGACGUCGUCAGCUAAGAGGAGUGUUCUUCGUCGUUGAAUGAGGGGAGUGAUUAGUCCUGUGCUGCUAAUAUGACCAACUGGAUAAGACGGAGAAGCAUCUCAUAACACUCAUUUAAACAAAAUCAAUACCACUGCAGCAUGUGACAUCCCUGCGCCACACAGAGCUCUGCGCUCAGUCAGGGAGCAGUCGAACACACCAUACAAUGCCGAGUGACUUCAGACACUUUGCCUUUUUAAUUUCUCUUUUAUUUAAAUUGCAUGUUUUAUUCUUUUUAUGGUGCUUUUAAGUUGCAGUGAAAUGGUGUAGUCAUUCCACAGGCUUUCCUCGGCUCUGGAGCCUGCAUGGGUGACACAUUCCUGUUUACAAGAGCUGGAGGAAUUUGUAUAGAUUUUCUUUUUUUUUUUCUUUAGAUAACAUUGUUUUUGUAUUGUAACUCUAAAUCGUAUCUUUCUUAUCAUUGAGAAUUGACAGGCGCUGGUUCCCACGUCUACACUUUGUCUCUGCUGAUAAUUGACCCACUUCUCAAGACGUUUGUCUCUUUUUCCAAUGACAAAUUGAACCGAGUGAUGGGUUUGCACACACUAGGACACAACAUGGUUAUUGAGUGUUGUGUUAACUGCAGGGCUGAUUGAUUUGUUUACUUCCAGUUUUCAGGUUUUUAUACUACAUGUAUUACACUUUAGAAUAGAUGCAGGGAGUCAUUUUUCUUGGUUUCAUAAUUAGCUAUGAGGUUAAAUCAUGUUGGUUAAGUUUGUACAAAGCUGCGAUCAUGAAGCCAAACAGGCCUCAAAAACCGGGUUGGUUACAAUGUGUGAAACAGCAAAGUGUCAAACAGGCUGAAAAGCACAUGGGGCCAUCCACUUUGCACAGAUCUGCAGGGUGAGCAAGACGAGCAGCACGUCUUCCGACGGGAUGUGAAAUCUCAAGUCUCUUCAGGGUGCAGGUUCCUGAUAGAGCAGGGUUUUUAAAUGACUCCGUAACCGACGGGUUUCAGUCGGCACUUGUACACGCUGCAACUGACAGAGUUCAGGAGAAGACACGUAGUUGAAUGUUGAGCAGGAGGUAUAACAUCGCUCAAGAAUGAUUUUUUUUUUUUUGCUAAAACCAAAGUGUGAACUUUAUGUUGUUUGAUGCUCCUCAUCUAUUCAACACUAACAAUGUUAUCUGGUAAGAUGUAGUAAAUUAUUUCAUGAAAUUACUGUUUCAAUCAAGUUGCAAAUGAAUUAUAAGUAUAUUUAACCUGAACAAUCAAAGCUAAACUGACUAAUCCUGGUUUUACAUUUAUUUCAUUAACUUCAGGAAUUCUGUUUGAUCCAUAAUGUAAGACUGAGCCUUGUUUUUACCAGGUUUCAGUCAACUCAGCAAUAAGGUGUUUUACCUUUUUAGAUGAGGGGCAAAUGGUAAAAGGGAUUUCUUUGUUUGGGUCCUGGUGGAUUAAUACAACUUAUUUAUAGAGGGAAAGAAGCUGCAGUGUAAACAUUAAUGCUGUGUGGGACCCGACACUGUUCAUAGCGUCUGUUUUAUUACAAUUUCUUUUAAGGUUUUAAAUAGUUUUCAACCAUUUGAGAUUUGUUUUCUUUCUUACUCUUUUGGUGAAUUUCCAAUUUGUCAUUGAUUUUCAGGCUGGUAAAAUGUUCAACUCUUUUCUGAGGCUUUGUAUUAAUCAAAUCAUGUGUCCCUGCUGUCUUACACAGAACUACGACUCUGCAAAUAUGUCAGUAUUAGGAAAAUAUUUUAAGAACCUACUUAUGAUGCUCCAAUAAAUUCCAUUCAAAGCAUGUGAAUGAAUCUGACAAUCCAUGUGUUCAAAAAUAACAUUUAAUAAAAAGACAAAUAAAAAGUUACAGCGUU